AUGCGUUGCCUUAGUUAUUGUAGCCAGAAGAAGGGUAAAUGCACAGACACGGGCGGCUACAUCUCCAACUUUGAGAUCAACGAAAUCAUCAAACAGGGCGGUGCCAUGAAGAAGUGGUACGACAAAGACUCCGACUCCGACUAUCUCGUCUACGAUAGAGUCGAGUGGGUGGCCUACAUGACCGACGAGACCAAGAAACGUCGCGCUGGAGAAUACAAGGACCUCAACUUUGGCGGCACGACAGACUGGGCCAUCGAUCUCCAAGGCGAGGGCACCAAGGCCAACAGCGGCCAGGUCGUCUACCUGGAUCCCAUUGUCUGGCAAGAGCCCCAGGCAUACUGUGAUGCGCCUUGCAUUCUGGUCUUCCCACCCAGCCAGCUGCCUUCGUCGACGACCAUCACCAUGGGCAAGUACACGACUUCGUUGCUAUAUGGCAGCACAACAGUCACCAACGAGGUUACAAAGCUUGUCACGACAACUACGACGCUCACUCUCAACCUCUUGACCGUCACCACCAACGAAAUCUCCUACUCCAACGUCAAUAUCAGCAGGAACGAGGAGACCAGCUCGCUCUGGGUCGAGGUCAGCGUGCCUGUUCCUCCCGUCACGGUGACGCUGUCCGACGGCAACAAGGGGUCUACUACUCGUGUGCUCACGCUCCCUGCUUGGCCUUCCAUCACCAACGGGCCGCCAGCGGACAACGAUGGCGACGAUGACGAUGAUGACGACGACGACGAUUGGGCUUCGGUCCCAGACCCUAUCACGACGACCGCAGCACCAGAAGAGACCGAUCCUCCCGUCACGACGUUACCUACUUGGAGCACGUAUCCGCCCUACAUCGUCGAGCCUAAGGAGGACAAUGAUGAUGACGAUGACGAUGACGACCAUGGCGGCGGUGUCAUCGUAAAAACGUCCUGCAAACUGUGGUUUUUCAACAUUUGCACUUCCAAGAUCAAGUUCCUUAGAUGGACACUCCCGCGUGGCGUCUACCUAGAAGGCUUUCCGCCUCCGGACAUCAUCGGCCCUGGCCCGCCACCAGGUUCUGGUCCGGGUCCUCAAUUCACUAUCAAGCCUCCCAUGCCUCCAUGGCCCAAGAUCACAUGGCACGAUGGAGUAUCCGGACGAGCCACCUGUGAGACCGAGUCGGCCGAGUUCUGCUCAACCACUAUCACCAAGUCGGAGACUCUGGUAGGUACCAGCACGUCGACGAUCACCAAGACAACUUCGGGCUGCGACACCAUCUACGGCUGCCACUUGACCGAUGUAGAGGCUAUCAAGACGGUGACGUCGGGCACCUGCGAGCCCACCGAUAACCCUGACACGUACGACCCGCAGAAGCCUGGCUGCCCAGCUCCGGCGAUUGUGUAUCCGCGAGACCCAGAGAACGUCGGCAACAUCCCCCAGAUCCUCUCGGCAUACAGCGACGCGGUGCCCGUGGGUUUGGACUCGGAGGACUGGACGGCCUUUUACUGGAUCCCGUACCUCGGUGUGGACACGAUGGCCGAGCUGCGAGCAUCUGGACUGCCGUGGAUGAGGAGGGGUGUCGAUGAGGAAUGGGUAGACCUAGACAGCUCUCCCGGUGGCAAGGUGCCUAACGACAUCAUCGACACAGUGCCGCAUGCCGUGCUAGUCGACUCACUCGUCGAUGUUGAUGGCGACCCAGACGCCGAUGCCAACCUGCUUAACGACACGAUUGCCCAACAGACACACUGGAACGAGCUGCGAGCGGACCAGUAUCACGUUCGAGACACAGAGUUCUGGGGCCCAUCGCAAGUGUCACUGCCCAAGAAUAGCAUCUGGGGGUCUCCCGGCAGCAAUAGCUUCGAUCCGGCCGCCCCUAACAACGAGAAAUAUACGUACAACUACGACACUGCCGACGCAAGCGAUACGUAUGUGUAUGUUAUUCACGAUGAAGGCGUUUGGACAAGUCAUCCCGAGUUCCUGGAAAGGAAGUUCGAGUACCUCAACUCGGGCAGCAACUUCGGGCCCCAGGCUAAAUACACCCCCAGCUAUAAGCACGGUUCUGGCGUGGCAGCACAGAUCCUCGGCAACAAGCUCGGCAUCUGCCCGUCGUGCACCGUGGUCAUGGUGACCUCGAAUGUGCCCAAGAACAAAAAGGUACCUGAGUGGCAGGUCUACCCCAAGGAGCAACUUAUAGCCCAGCUCAUAGACGCGCUCGACGACAUCAGAAGCAAAGGCCGCAAGGGCAAGGCCGUCCUCAAUAUGAGCUUCUCUUGGGUAAAGGACUCCAUGAGCGACAUCUUUCUCCUUUCAUUUCAGAGUCUACUCGUCAAGCUUGACAGCGAAGGCGUCUUGAUUGUGGCGUCGGCCAACAAUCACGCGCAGACCGAGGGCAUUGAGAUCAGCAGAUAUCCGGCCAAGUUCGCCGACCCCAACGACAAGUACGGCGGUCUUGCCAACAUGGUGGUGGUAAGCGCCGCCGACUGGAAGACGCAGAGAGCCAUCUUCGCUCAGUUCGGCACGUACAUUACCACCUUUGCGCCUGGCAACGAUAUCGCUUGCCCGGGUGACCCGUUCCUGGAACAAACCCCUUACAGACCUUGUGAUGGCACCUCCUAUGGUAAGUCAACAAUUCUGCCAACUUUGAAAUACAGAAUCGAGUACCCUGAGUUUGCUAACUUCUUCUUUGUAGCCGCUCCGCAGGUCGCCGCUCUGGCCAACUACUUCCGCAGCGUGCCGUCCAAGUGGAAGUCCCAGCUGGACAAGACGGCCAACGUCAAGAAGCUCAUCCAGCUCUUUCACCGACGCUUCGCCGUGCACGGACACUCGGUCGACCCCACGGGUCGUAAUCCCAUCAUCUGGAACGGCCAAGUCGGCGAGCACUCGUGUCUGCGCGACUCUGAUUCCAAGGAGGAGUGGCACAAGGUGUGCCCCAAUAUCGAUGCCGAGUUGAAAGAUGAGCCGUCCAAUCCCGGCCAGCCGGUGACGCCUUGUCAAGGAGGCCAGAACGGCAACCCGACGAAGCGACAGGACGACGGUGGCAGUUGCCCGCUAGUCCCCGGUGGCAACGGGCCCGGCCAGAACAUCGACUGGCACGACGGCCCGAGCGAGCCCGAGUGCGAGGCCGAGGACCAUUGCGGUGGCGAGGAGUGCCAGGGCUACUACUGCGACCCGAACCCCAAGGAGCCACACCCGCCUGACUACUACGAUCCCAAGGAUCCCGAUAACCCGCACGGCCCGACCAAGCCCGAGGACAUUCCGAAGCCUAUCGAGCCCGAUGAGCCCGAGGAGCCUGAUGAGCCCGAUGAGCCCGAUGAACCAGAGGAGCCAGAGCUGGGAGACAUGGACCCCAACAACCCCUAA